AAAAAAAAAAAGCUGCGGUGCGCGAUCGCAGUCCCCGCCCUCGAAUCGGAGUUGAGAUCGAUUCCAGCACGGAAACAGACUCGAUACUCCGAGAGAUUGCUGCCGCUGGGUCGAGCACAAGGCUUUCAAAAUGGCGUCAGUGUCACUUGCUGAGAAGCUGGAAAAGAUCCGCGACCCGAACCUGGAGAGCCAGCGACAGACCCGGGUCGUCCUCGCUGCUAUCGACGAGACUCUGAAGGAACAAAAAACCGAGCCCACCGCAACGGGAUACUUCGCCGUCCUCCUGAGCCUCCUCGGUCGCGCAUCUGCAGGGGAGUCUAUCGCAGAGGACAAGGCCAUAUCUUUGGUCUACCUCCUAGAUCUCGUGGCCCCCUUCGUGCCGCAGGCACUCCUCCGCGCUAAAUUCACCACCAUCUUCACACACCUCGCCCCGGCGCUCGCCCACCAGGAUGCCCCCGCCCCUCUGCUCAGGCCGUCCAUCGGCUGCCUGGAGACCCUUCUCCUUGCCCAGGAUUCGGCAUCGUGGACCCUCACAGUUGUUCAGAUCGGGCCCCGGAGAGCGGUCGCCGGCCUCCUGAACCUGGCCAUGGAGCCCCGCCCCAAGAUCCGGAAGCGAGCCCAGGACGCCCUCAGGAACGUCCUCAAAAGCCCCCCGCCGAGCCCGUCCCUCGACCACCCGGCAGCCGAUAUGUGCGCCGAGACGGCCAUGCAGAGCCUGGCGGACAAGGUGGCGCUGGCGCGCAAGGACAAGAAGUCGGUGCAGGCCGCGCACGACCCGGACCUGAUCCAUGCCCUCCAGCUCACGAGGAUCAUCGCGUCGGCAUGCGGCGGAUGGCCCAGCAAAAAGAUCGAACCGCUCUGCGAACUACUGCUCGGUAUCGCUCGUAGCGGGAGCGAUCACCUUACCAUGGCCGUGUUCGACGUGUUCGAGAUGAUCUUCGAGGGCAUGGCCGACGAGGUUGCGCGCGCCAAGCUGCCGCGGCUUCUCGAGAUCAUCUCGGAGCUGCACCCCUCGGCCAACGACACACAACUCCUGCCGCCGUGGAUAGCGAUCCUCUCCAGAUCCUACGAUGUGUCGGCUCAGAUGGAGCCGAUGGAAACUUUCCAGGGACUGCCGGAUAUCUUCGCCUCCAUCGCAGAGUACCUGGACUCGCCGUCGGAGAACAUCCGGACGUCGGCGUCCGAGUGCCUGAUCUCGUUCCUUGCCAACUGCAUUCCAUCAGAGGUACUCCUCGAACCAUCCAUCUUCGACGAGAAGGCGCUGGAGAGACUCGGCAAGACGGUCGAGGGCCUUCUCAGCGUCAAGUACCAGGCCGCCUGGCCCCAGACCUUCAGCGUGCUGGGCGCAAUGCUCGAUGCGCUAAGGUGGAGGGCAGAUCCGCUGUUGAUCGGGGUCGUCAAGGUUGUCGGCGAGCUUCGCGCAAGCGACGCGUUCCUGGGGAAAAAGGAGGCGGACGAAAUCCUUGGCAAGGCUAUCAGGGCUAUGGGUCCGGUGACGGUGCUGGGAGCCCUGCCCCUGAACCUCGCAAAACCUAGCAAAAACGAGCCCGGCCGAGUCUGGCUACUGCCGCUGCUCCGCGACUACACAGCAAACACCAACCUGGCCCACUUCCGUUCCGAGCUUGUCCCCCUCUCGGAGCUGAUGUUCGCCAAGGUGCUCGAAAACGGCACUGCCGAAAAGACGAUGACGGUCAAGAUCUACGAGACUGUUGUUCAGCAAAUAUGGUCCGUCCUGCCGGGAUACUGCGAUCUCCCCCUGGAUCUGCUGGAGUCGUUCGACGAGACGUUUGCCCAGCAGCUUUCAAAUCUUCUUUACCAGCAGGUAGACCUGCGUCUGGACAUUUGCCGGGCACUGAGAUGCCUUGUCGAGUCCAACCAGGCCGUGACAUCGAUCGAAGGCCCUGAAGAUCUGGUGCUACAGAGUCGGGUAUCGAAAGCGCAAGCGCAGAAGAACCUCGAUUUCCUGGGCACGUUUGCGAACAACUUCCUGGCUGUUCUGUUCAACGUGUACAGCCAGACUCUUCCCCAGACGCGUGGUCCGAUACUUCAGACAAUCAACGCGUUCCUGAGCGUUACGCCUGCCAAGGACCUGGGAGAGACCUUUGAUCGUCUCUGCAAGGCGCUUGCCGCGGCGUUCGAGGAGGCCGUGGCCAAGCCGGCAGCACUCAAAGGGCAGAGGGCCGCCGACCAGCUGCCCUCUAGCACACACUCCUUGAUGGACCUUGUUGUCACCAUGUCGAUCUACCUACCCCGAGAGAACUUUACAGAGCUUUUUAACAUCGCAUCACUUGUGAUCCUCAAGGACGACGACCCGCAGCUACAAAAGAAGGCGUACAAGCUCAUCCCCCGUCUCGCCAAGUCGGACAUUGGCAAGGAGGCUCUUGUGGCACGCCACCAGGAGCUGCAGACCCUUCUGCUCACUAGCGCCGAGAAACUGUCUGCCCCUGCGAGGCGUGAACGACUGGCAGCCAUCAGCGCUCUCCUUCCUUACAUCCCCAACAACUCGCUCCAUUUCAUCCCGUCAAUCCUUCCCGAGGUUAUCGUCGCAUGCAAAGAGCACAACGAGCGCGCCAGGAAUGCCGCGUUUGAGCUACUUGUGUUGAUGGGCCAGAGGAUGUCGGCAGAGAAGGGAGUCGCUAUUGACAACAGCAAAGUCCCACAUAUGCCCGAAGGCGCUCCUGCGGCCACGGCCAGCAUCGAGGAGUACUUUACGAUGCUAGGCGCAGGUCUUGCCAGCCACACGCCCCACGUCAUGUCGGCCUCGGUCACCGCCAUCACUCGCGUUCUCUUUGAGUUCCACGAGGAGGUGGCGGCCGACACGCUCGAGGAUGUUGUCAAAACUGUGGAGCUUUUCCUGACAUCAAACAACCGCGAGCUGGUGAAGAGCAUCAUGGGCUUCGUCAAGGUCUGCAUCACAGGCCUGCCGGUCGAGAUGAUGAAGCCUCGUCUCGCGUCGCUGGUUCCCUGCAUCAUGACGGCGAGCCACGAGCACAAGGGCCACUUCCGGUCCCGUGUGAAGCACCUUCUCGAGCGGCUGGUCAGGAGAUUCGGAUUUGAUGAGAUAAACAAGCACUGCCCCGAGGCGGACCGGAAGCUGAUAAACGGCAUCAGGAAAUCCAAGGAGCGGAGCAAGAAGCGCAAGGAGGCGGCCAAGGAGAACGGCGAGGCCGACGCUGGCGAUCACCAGGCCAAGCGGCGCAACCAGUUCGAGAGCGAGUACGACCACGCCCUAUUCGACAGCGACGAGGACGACUCGGCCAGCUCGGACGAUUCGGACGACGAGAUGGCAGGCACCAAAUCGGGCAGGGCAAACCGCAACAAGGGCGGCAAGGCCUAUAUCGUCGAGGACGAGGACGAGCCGCUCGACCUGCUCGGCCAGAGCGCCCUGGCCAAGAUCUCGUCGACCAAGCCAAUGCGGAUGCGCAAGGCGACCAAGACCAAGGCCAAGGUAGACAUGGACGGGAAGCUCAUCCUCGGCAGGGACGACGACGGCGACGACAGGAUGGAAGUCGAGGAUCCGGCCGAGGCGGGCGAGGGCGGCGGCGUGGGCGCCUACGUGGCGGCGCUCAAGGGCAAGGACGUACCCAAGAAGACGCUGCGCGGCAAGCUCAAGUGGUCCAACAAGCGGUCCAAGGACGACGAGGACGACGACGACGACGACCUGCCCGACGGCGAUGCUGCCGCCGCGGCCGCAGCCGUCAAGGGUAGGAAGGCCAGCUUCGGGAGCGGCAGGGGCCGUGGCGGCGGCCGUGGCGGUGGCCGCGGCGCGGCCGCCGGGGGGAGGGCAGGCAAGGGAGGCAUCGCGUCUGGCAGGCGGGGCCUGGGCGAGGGCAAACAACGUGGGCCGCCAGGCCACGGAGGGGUUGCCAAGUCCCCGCGCGGCAGGGGGAGGAGGUAAUGAAGAUGAAAUACCUGUUGGCUUCGUCUUUGGUUUUGUUCUGCUCGGGCACGUAGAAUUUGGCCGGGUUAUCUAUCAAAAACAAAAAAAACAAAAAGGAUCCGAUACAGUUCGUGCGUCAA